AUGAGGAAGCAGCUAGACCCCAGGAUACCAGCACUCAUCAACAAUGGAGUCAAGUCUAAUCACAGGAGCCUGUUCGUUAUGGUCGGAGACAAGGGUAGAGAUCAGGUCGUCAACUUGCACUUCCUGCUCUCUCAAGCCAGAGUUUCAUCUAGACCAAACGUUCUGUGGUGCUACAAGAAAGAGUUAGGGUUCACUACGCAUCGCAAGAAGCGUGAAGCAAAGAUCAAGCGGGAUAUCAAACGUGGAAUCCGAGAGGCCAACGAGCAGGAUCCUUUCGAGCUAUUCAUCGCCGUCACAGAUAUCAGAUACACCUACUACAAGGACUCUGCAAAGGUGUUGGGUCAAACUUUCGGCAUGCUGGUCUUGCAAGAUUACGAAGCCCUAACGCCGAAUCUGUUGGCGAGAACCAUAGAAACGGUGGAGGGAGGUGGUAUCGUUGUCUUGCUGCUCAAGACAAUGACAAGUCUGAGGCAAUUGUACACCAUGGCUAUGGACGUACACGCCAGAUACCGGACAGACGCGCACCAGUUCGUCAAGCCGCGAUUCAAUGAACGUUUCAUCCUAUCCCUAGGAUCCUGCUCCGACAGCUUAUUCCUUGACGACGAGCUGAAUGUCCUCCCAUUGUCAAAGGGCAAGAAUAUCGUUCCUGGUCAAAUCGUGGACGAGGACAGGGGAAGGGCAAAGCGGGCCGAGGAGCUCAAAGAUAUGAAGGAGAAUCUGGGUGAAGUGGAUGUGGUUGGUGCAUUGGCCAGAUUGUCAAAGACUGUGGACCAGGCAAAAGCACUACUCACCUUUGUCGAGGCGAUCACCGAAAAGACUCUAUCAUCGACUGUCGCUCUGACGGCCGCAAGAGGUCGAGGAAAGUCUGCCGCUCUCGGUCUAGCCAUCGGAGCCGCUGUCGCUCAUGAUUACUCUAACAUCUUUGUCACCUCUCCGGAUCCUGAGAAUCUGAAAACGCUUUUCGACUUUGUAUUUAAAGCUCUUGACGCAUUGGGAUAUGAGGAGCACACAGACUACGAUGUUGUUCAGAGUAGUAAUCCAGAUUUCAGGAAAGCCAUCGUUCGUGUGAACAUCUUCCGUGGACAUCGACAAACUAUUCAAUACAUUUCACCCGAGGACUCGCAGGUCUUAGGUCAAGCAGAAUUGGUGAUCAUCGAUGAGGCCGCUGCCAUUCCCCUGCCACUCGUCCGCAAAUUGAUCGGGCCUUACCUUGUCUUCAUGGCUUCUACAAUCAACGGAUACGAAGGGACAGGACGAUCUCUUUCACUAAAACUCAUCAAGCAGCUCAGAGAGCAGACCCGUUCGACCGUGGAGAAGCCUGCCGGCGACGCUCCGUUAUCGACGCCCGGUGCUGGCUCCUCCAAAGCCGCUGGGGCUGGCAAAUCAGGCUCUGGUCUGGUCAGGUCGUUACGGGAAAUCAAGCUUGAGGAACCCAUCAGAUACAACCCCGGAGACCAAGUCGAAAAGUGGUUGAACCAGCUGCUUUGCCUAGACGCCACCAUUACCUCGCAAGCGAACCAGGGGUGCCCGCAUCCAUCUAAAUGCGAGCUGUACUAUGUCAACAGGGAUUCGCUGUUCUCGUACCACCCCGCUUCUGAAGUGUUCCUCCAGCGAUUGAUGGCGUUAUACGUCGCCAGUCACUACAAGAACUCCCCCAACGACCUGCAGAUGCUAUCUGAUGCACCUGCCCACCACCUUUUCGUCCUCUUGCCCCCCUUGAAAGACGACGACAAUUCAUUGCCCGAUCCCCUUGUCGUUCUACAAGUCGCCUUAGAGGGCAACAUAUCGAAAGAAGCCAUCCUCAAGGAAAUGAGCCAUGCUGGCAAGGGAAGCUCGGGAGAUAUGAUACCGUGGAUUAUCUCACAGCAGUUCCAGGACAGUGAUUUCGGUCUCCUAUCCGGCGCGAGAGUAGUCCGAAUAGCUACUCACCCAGACUACGCCAGAAUGGGGUACGGAUCUCGUGCCAUAGAAGCCUUGACAUCUUUCUACAACGGGGACUUAUUCGACAUCGCCUCGGAAGAGCGUGAGGGCCAAAUCAGUGAAUCGGACAUUUUCCGAGCUCCCUCAGGUUCACAGCUGCACGAUGAGAAAAUCGGAGUACGAGCAGUGGACAGUAUGCCACCAUUGCUCCAACGCCUGGCAGAGCGAAAGCCGGAACAACUAGACUAUCUCGGCGUCUCAUUCGGCCUGACAAGGGAGCUGCUACGAUUCUGGAAACGGUCUGGUUUCACACCUCUAUACGCUAGUCAAAAGCCAAAUACUCUGACUGGCGAAUACUCAUUUGUAGUGCUGAAGACGCUGGAGUCGAGUGUAGCACAGGAUUCCACUUGGCUGUCUUCGUUCUCUUCUGACUUCCGACAACGCUUCAUGAAGCUGCUCUCGUAUGAAGCUUUUAAACAAUUCGAAGCGUCUACGGCGAUGUCAAUAUUGGAGCCACAGGCCAACCUCAAAUCCAUCACGUCAGACGAUCAGUCACUCAUCUCUUCCUCCGAGCUCAACACACUCAUCUCCCCCUUCGACAUGAAACGCCUCGAAUCCUACGCCGAAAGCAUGGUCGAUUACCACGUCGUCUUGGACCUCAUCCCAGGCCUGGCCGAAUUGUUUUUCUCCCACCGCCUAGGACCGGAUUGUGCCCUUUCUCCGGCUCAACGUGCCAUCCUCCUAGCUCUGGGUCUGCAGCGCAAGAAUGUCGAGGCUCUAGAUCGUGAACUUGGAUUGACCUCGAGUCAGACCCUAGCGUUGUUUGGCAAAAUCCUGAGACGAAUCACGAACCAGUUGAACAUCAUUCGCAAAGCUGGAGCGGGAGCAGAUAUUCCCGUGGACGAUGCUGCUUUCUCCCGGCCAAUCAGAAAAGCCCUAGACCAGACCAUCGAGGAAGAACUAGCUGUGGAGCCUCCGGCAGUCAAGCAGACCGAUGAGCAACGUGAGGCUUUGGAGGCUAUGGAUCUGUCUCAAUACAACAUCGACGACGAUGUUGAUUUUACGGACGCUCAGGCUCGAAUCCGAUCUCUGGCCAGAGCGGACCCGUCAGAGCGAUCGAAGAUCUCCACGACUCUGAGCGUCAAGGUGGCCGACGGGUCUUCUUCCAAACGAGCUGCAGACGACUCUAUCAAAGCGAACGGGGAUCGGUCACGGCAGAAGAAGCACAAGAAGGCCAAGGGAGGUCAUUGA